CACAAAACACAUAAACCUUUUACACAUGAAGGGUACUCUUCUCAACCACCUUAUCUUGAUCACAAUAAUAAUAAUAAUAAUAUCAACUGUUUCAGGUCACAUUCCCACCACCUUAGAUGGACCAUUUAAACCGGUGACCCGAAAGUUCGACCCGUCUCUUCGUCGGGGCAGUGAUGAUCUACCCAUGGAUCAUCCCAGAUUAAAGAAGAAUGUGACUUCAAAUUUCCCAGAACAAAUUGCAUUGGCACUUUCUUCCCAAAAUUCCAUGUGGGUUUCAUGGAUCACUGGGGAUGCACAGAUUGGAAAGAAUGUGACUCCACUUGAUCCAUCUAGUGUUGGUAGUGAGGUGUGGUAUGGGAAAAAAAGCGGGAAGUAUUCAAAGAAACGAAAAGGGGUUUCGAUGGUUUAUAAUCAGUUGUAUCCGUUUGAGGGAUUGCUUAAUUACAGUUCCGGAAUCAUUCAUCAUGUUAAGAUUGAUGGUCUUGAACCUGGUUCAACAUAUUACUACAAAUGUGGAGACAGUUCCAUUCCAGCUAUGAGCAACGAGCAUGUUUUUCAAGUGUUACCGUUGCCCGGCCCGGAUUCAUACCCUCAUAGAAUUGCGGUUGUAGGGGAUCUUGGCCUCACAGCAAACACAACCACCACAAUUGAUCAUCUGAUAAUUAACGACCCCGAUUUGGUUCUAAUGGUUGGUGAUCUAAGUUACGCCAAUCAGUACCUUACAACCGGUGGUGAAGGUGCAUCCUGUUACUCUUGUGCAUUCCCGGAUGCCCCGAUUCGUGAAACUUAUCAACCCCGUUGGGAUGGAUGGGGAAGGUUCAUGGAGCCUUUAAUCUCUAGAGUACCUAUGAUGGUCAUUGAAGGUAACCAUGAGAUCGAGCCACAGGCAGCCGGAGUCACUUUUGAAUCAUAUCUAAAACGGUUUGCAGUCCCCUCUAACGAGUCGGGCUCCAACACCAAUUUCUACUACUCGUUUGAUGCUGGGGGCGUGCAUUUCAUCAUGUUAGGUGCAUAUGUUGAUUACAACAAAACCGGUGCACAAUAUUAUUGGCUUCAAAAGGACUUGAGUCGAUUAAACCGCAGUGUGACACCUUGGUUAGUAGCCGCGUGGCAUUCCCCUUGGUAUAAUAGCUACUCGUCACAUUAUCAGGAGUUUGAGUGUAUGAGGCUAGAAAUGGAACAACUUUUGUAUCAAUAUCGGGUUGACAUCGUAUUCUCUGGUCAUGUGCAUGCCUAUGAGCGGAUGAAUAGAGUGUACAAUUACAGUUUGGACCCGUGUGGGCCCGUGUAUAUAACGAUUGGAGACGGUGGUAACAUUGAGAAGAUUGAUGUGGAUCAUGCAGAUGAACCCGGAAAAUGUCCUUCUCCUGGUGAUAAUGUACCCGAAUUUGGAGGGGUAUGUCAUACAAAUUUUACCUCGGGCCCUGCAAAGGGCAAGUUUUGCUGGGAUAAACAGCCCGAAUGGAGUGCUUAUAGAGAAAGCAGCUUCGGACAUGGCAUUCUCGAGGUUGUGAAUUCUACACAUGCACUAUGGACAUGGCACAGAAACCAAGAUAUAUACAAGGAAAACAGCACGGGUGAUCAAAUAUACAUCGUUCGACAACCUGAAUUGUGUGUGGUUUCUCCACAGCAACAUAGUCACACGACUGCAGCUGGAUUUGAGUCGCAUUGUUCGACUUGUUGUUUCUUGAUGUUUGUCACUGCCUUUAUAUGGCUUCAUAUUUUGUAACAACUGUCCCAAAAUUUGUUGAUGUAAGAAGUGUGAAUUUAAUACACACAAAAGCUUUGACAAGUU